GGAUUCCAAACCCAAACGCUAAACCGUAUUUUAAUUACUCCUUUUGAGUUCCGUUUCCUUUUGCUCCAACUUCCCACGACACGACACAACACUCUCUCUCUCCCCCCCCCCCCCCCCCCCCCUAAACUCUGAUCCAAACAACAAAAGAAGAUAAAACGGUCGUCUUCAAAGAACAUCAAAAAAAAAAAACAUGGGAAGAUCUCCAGCUUCUUCUUGUCUCCGUAUCAUCGCUUGCGCCGGCGGCGACGAUGAUGCCACCGAACCUACGGCGAACAAGAGCUCUGGAGGUGACAAGCGUGGAUGGAGUUUUAGGAAGAGAUCUGGGAAACAAAGAGGGUUGAUCACUAGUGUUGUCUCUGAUACCACUCCUCCUUCUAGGACUAGAGAAACUCUUGAAUCUGCUCUCCUCAACUCCCCAUCCCCUGACAGUAGCGUUUCCUCUGAAAAGCGCUCAUUCUCUGUUGAUGUUGAUGAUGACAAGAAGAAGAAGGAGAAGAGCCAGUUACCUGUUGUUACCUAUGUGGCCGAGCCUGUGGAUGAGAAAAAGACGGAGCUACCGCUUCUUGUGGAAUCGAAAGGGACUGAAACCGAGGAGGAUGAUUUGAUUGGAACCGAACUGGAAGCUAAGUUGGAAGUAGCAAAUGCUGCUGCUGCUGAUGCAACAACCCUGAUAGAGAAUGACACUACUCCCCAGGUUGAACCAGAAGCAUCUGAAAAAGCCGAAGAAGUUGAUGAUUCUGUUAUCAUUAUCAUCCAAGCUGCCAUACGUGGCUUUUUGGCAAGGAGAGAACUUUUGAGGCGCAAGAAAGUUGUUAAACUUCAAGCUGCAGUUCGUGGCCACCUGGUUAGGAACCAGGCUAUGGGAUCUCUGCGGUGUGUCCAAGCUAUUGUCAAAAUGCAGACGCUGGUCCGUGCUCGCCAUUCCACCAGAGAUGGUAGCCGUGUUUCAGCAAUCUCGGAUAAGGCGGAGACAAAUGCAGCUACACAAAAACUUCUUGAAAACAAGUUUGCUAAACAUCUAAUGGAGUCAACUCCCAAGACGAAGCCUAUUAGCAUUAAAUGUGAUCCCACAAAGCCUAGUUCUGCUUGGAGCUGGUUGGAGAGGUGGAUGUCUGUUUCAAACCCUGACAAGACUUCAAAACCAGAUAUGGCAACGGAAGAGAGACAGUUGGAAGGAACCAACAAUGUGAAAGAAUCAUCUCAAGUUGACGUGGCCUUAGAGACCGAAGCUGAAGCUGAAACUGGUCUCUCAAGCUAUGAAGCAAGUAAGGUAGCAGCCCCUCCUGUUGAGCUAUCUGAGACAAAGAAAACGAGCCAAUAUGAUUCACCUCAAGAAGCAUCUGCAGAGGUAGAUCAUGACUUGAUCCAGUCUCAUCCACUUGCUGCGAAGGAUCCAGAGGCUUUGCUUGAAGAGGAUGAAUACGUGGAUGAACAGCCUAAACCUACUUUGAAGCGUAAGGCAAGCAACCCUUCAUUCAUCGCCGCGCAGUCCAAGUUUGAGGAACUUACUGCAUCUACUGGUUCCAGCAAAGCAAUGGCGCUUUCUUCUUCUAAAGAUGGUGUUUUGGGUGAAGAAGGCAAAACAGAUGUAUAUUCAUCAGAGGCUAACACUACAGACACGAAAAAGGAUCAGUCUCUGGAAGAUGUUACUCUCAGUGGAUCUGAGUGUGGCACCGAACUCUCUGUAACUUCUUCCCUUGAUUCACUUGACAAGAAGUCGGACACUGAGGGUGCAGAUUCCAAGGCUGAAUCUAAGCUUCUAGAGAACGGCGGCACUCCCAAAACAGACCAAGCAGAGUUGAUAGAAAUUGAUGUGAAAGCUGAAACUCCAUUGGACGACCGUAAAGAGGAUGAAGUGGAGGUUUCAGUAACACAGCAUGAGUCAGUUGUUAGUACACCAGAUUCCAAAAAGAGACCUGCAGAAGAUGGAUCAGGGCUUCAAGCUUUAACUCCUAUGUCAAUCACUGAAUCUCAGGCAACACCGGCAAGUCAAGCAUCUUCCUCAGUUAAAGCAAGAAAGGAAAAAUCCGGUAAGAGUGGUUCAAGCCAGAAGAGGAAAGUUAGCAAGAAAAUAACAUCAACUCCCAAACAGGAAACUGGUAACGGUGAGGGGGGUAAGAAUACUAGGGAACAAGAAGAAGGGAAAGAACAGAGAAGCGGGAGGAGAAACUCUUUUGGUAAUGAUCAAGAAGCAAGAGAGAGCAGCGGAGGCAAGAACUCUCUUCCCAGGUUCAUGCAGCCAACACAGUCGGCAAAACUUAAGGUUCAAGAACAUAACUCACCAAGAUCAAGCCCCGAUCUUCAGGAAAGAGACGUUUCCAUCAAGAAGAGACAUUCACUCCCUGUUGGUGCCAAUGGGAAACAAGGUUCUUCUCCUAGAAUCCAACGGUCUGCGUCUCAAGCACAACCGGGAACAAAGGAGAGAAAAUGGCAGAGAUGAAGCUGACCGGAGUGAAAUGGGAAAAGGAAAAUGUUAGAGGAGUAUUUGAUGAUUGGUAUGUUUUGUUUUCAGACAAUCCUUGACUCUAAUUUCAGACAAACUAAGUGACAGAACGGAGAAUGGAGAAAGGAUAGUCUUUUGUACAGAAUCGUUUUUUAUUUCUUCUUAUUUCAAAAAGAAAAUGCUUUUCUUCAAAAAAAAAAAAAGUUUUAUUUGUGUGGUUAUUGGAUUAUUUGGUUUUUGGUGUUGUUUUAUUGGGACAUAACCUGCUCAACUGAAAGUCGUGCUAUAGAUUAUUAUUAUUAUUUUUUUCACAGAAAAAUCUCUUUGUGAUGUACAA